AUGGCUUCGAAUCACGUAUCCGAGAUCAAGGAUGCAGAGUGUGCUGCCGACGACCAUCAAGUAAGAGAUCCUAAUGCGCGUCCUGAAGUUUUCAAGUCCACUUUCCAAGAGGUACUUUGCGUGAUUGUCGUUUGCUUUGCAGUGGCAACAAGCUCGAUUCCGGAAGGCAGUUUCCAAACAAGCCUUACGGAUCUAGCCGACAGCUUUGAAGUCAACGGAGGCCAGUUGGUGUGGAGCGUUUCCUCGAUUGUGCUCUCGAGCGGAAGCUUUCUGCUAAUCGGUGGUAAGCUGACCGACUGUUUCGGCCGACGUCGUGUGAUGCUUUUUUGCUUUACCGGCUUCACGCUAGCAUCGCUGGUUGCAGGGUUCAUGAAGAAUUUCAUUGGUCUUGUCAUCCUCAGGGCCGUUGAGGGGCUGUUUUUUGCGCCUCUGAUCCCUGCAGGCGCCGGUCUCAUAGGGUCGUUGUACAAAGAGUCGCGACGGCGGAACGUUGCGUUUGCCGUCUUCUCCAGUGGUGGUGCCAUUGGAUACAUAGCUGGACUUCUGAUCGGAGGCGUUUCUGUGACCGCGUUCAGCUGGAGGGCAGUUCAAUUUUUUACUGCUAUAUUUUUUGGGGCAGUGACUAUGGUGGCAUAUUUUGUGGUCCCCAAAGACAAACCAUUAGACAGGACAACGGUCAAGCAGACUUUAUUGAACCUGGAUUAUCUCGGGUCGAUUUUGAUUCUUUCUGCAUUUGCGCUCAUCUCAUUUUCGCUGACACAAGUCGACGCGGCACAACGUAGAUGGCACACCCCCUACAUCUACUCUCUUUUAAUCGUUGGAAUAUUUUUACUGGGAGUUUUCGUCCUGGUAGAGCUGUACGUGGCGCGCGACCCGAUCAUGCCAAUGCAGCUCUGGAAAAACAACAAUUUUGUGCUUUCCAUGGUGGUGGCAUCGCUAACGUGGGUCACGUUUAUCGGGUGUCUGGGCUACUACCCCAUGCUUUAUUUUCAGGACGUAAAAAAUUGGGGAGCCCUGCACACGGCACUUGCGGCCAUGCCGAUGGGGGUGAGUGGCAUCUUCACAAACCUGUUUGUUGCGAUGUCCUUCCAUGUCAUAUCUGGGAAGCUGAUGCUCAUAGGCGGCAAUCUCUGCAUUCUCGGUGCUAGUAUUAUCUGGGCUACCAUGGACUACCAUAGAAAUUACUGGCUGGGCCCGUUCUGGGGCUACACUCUGUCUGCAGUUGCGUGCGACAUUACCUACAACGUCUGUACCAUGGUGACGAUAUCAUCCGUCGAGGUGAAAGACCAGGGCGCGGCGGCAGGGGUGUUCAACACAAUUCUUCAGCUAGUCACCGUGGUGGGGCUCAGUUUAGGCUCUGUUCUAAUUUCGGCCCGAGAUCCCUACUACGGGAAGCCGGAGCAAAAUUUACAUCCGGGGCUAUUGUUCUACGGCAUACGAAACGUUUUUUAUCUGGCGAUCGGGUUCAGCGCGGCAGCGCUGAUCAUCUCGUUCUUCGUCAACGUGGGCACUUCAGGCAGCGGCAAAGGUUUGAACGAAGCGGAGCCCUGCCAAGAGCGCUAG